GCGGCGGGCGCGAGGGCAGGCGUGCCCAGAGUGGUCGCGCGUGCGUCGGCCGCCGCCCCUCGGCCUUUCUCUUCGCCGGUCCCCUCCCUCUCCGCCGGGACGCGGGAGAGCCCGGCGCGCGGCGGGGGCGCGAGGUGGAGCCGGCGGGGGCGGCCAAUGCGAAACUGGCUGGUGCUGCUGUGCCCGUGUGUGCUCGGGGCCGCGCUGCACCUCUGGCUGCGGCUGCGCUCCCCGCCGCCUGCCCGCGCCUCCGGGGCCGGCCCCGCAGAUCAAUUGGCCUUAUUUCCUCCAUGGAAAUCUAGUCACUAUGAUGUCGUAGUUGGUGUGUUGUCAGCUCGCCAUAACCAUGAACUUCGAAAUGUGAUAAGAAGCACCUGGCUGAAGCAUCUAAUGCAACAUCCAUCGUUAAGUCAACGUGUGCUUGUCAAGUUCAUAAUAGGUGCUCGUGGCUGCGAGGUGCCCGUGGAAGACAGGGAAGACCCUUACUCCUGCCGACUGCUCAACAUCACGAAUCCAGUUUUGAACCAGGAAAUCGAGGCAUUCAGUCUUUCUGAAGACACCUCAUCAGGAAUUUCUGAGGACCGGGUUGUCAGCGUGACCUUCCGAGUCCUCUACCCGAUUGUUAUUACCAGUCUUGGGGUGUUUUAUGACGCCAGCGAUGUGGGUUUCCAGAGGAACAUCACUGUCAAGCUUUAUCAGGCAGAACAAGAGGAGGCCCUCUUCGUGGCCCGUUUUAGUCCUCCGAGCUGUGGUGUGCAGGUGAACAAGCUGUGGUACAAGCCUGUGGAGCAGUUCAUCUUGCCCGAGAGCUUUGAAGGUACAAUCGUGUGGGAGAGCCAAGACCUCCAGGGCCUCGUGUCAAGAAAUCUGCACAAAGUGACAGUAAAUGAUGGCGGGGGAGUUCUCAGAGUCAUGACGGCUGGGGAGGGCGCCUUGCCUCAUGGAUUCAUGGAAGGUGUGGAGGGAGUUGCAGGUGGUUUUAUUUACACUAUUCAGGAAGGUGAUGCUCUCUUACAAAACCUUCAUUCUCGCCCUCGAAGACUCCUUGACCAUAUGAGUAAUCUCCACAGGGAAGAUGCCUUACUGAGGGAGGAAAGCAGCGUCUACGACGAUAUCGUUUUUGUGGACGUUGUUGACACUUACCGAAACGUUCCUGCAAAAUUACUGAACUUCUAUAGAUGGACUGUGGAAACAACCAGCUUUGAUUUGUUGCUAAAAACAGACGACGACUGUUACAUAGACUUAGAAGCUGUGUUUAAUAGAAUUGCCCACAAGAAUCUGGACGGGCCUAAUUUUUGGUGGGGAAAUUUCAGACUGAACUGGGCAGUUGACCGAACCGGCAAGUGGCAGGAGCUGGAAUACCCCAGCCCCGCCUACCCGGCCUUCGCCUGCGGCUCGGGGUACGUGAUCUCCAGGGACAUCGUCCAGUGGCUGGCCAGCAACGCAGGCAGACUGAAGACCUAUCAGGGUGAAGACGUGAGCAUGGGCAUCUGGAUGGCCGCCAUAGGGCCCGCACGGUACCAGGACGGCCUGUGGCUGUGUGAGAAGACGUGCGAGACGGGAAUGUUGUCCUCACCCCAGUACUCCCCGCAGGAACUGACCCAGCUGUGGAGGCUGAAGGAAGCGUGUGGAGACCCCUGUCAGUGCGAAGCGGCCGCAGGAGGAGCGUAACUCGCAGUGUGUGAGGCUGAGGGUGUGUGCAGGCGAGAGUCUGAGGAGAGCCUACGGUUUGGCUGUCGAGUCCAUGUGUCUUUCAGGAUUGUUCUAGGUUGGCACUUUUUACCUGUAACCAAUGUGACAUUUCUAAAUGUGUGCACAAAAUUUCCUUUUUAAAAACCGACUGCUACUGUAGCAUAAGAAAAAUUUUAUUUCUGUAUUGGAAGAACAUUUGAGAAAUACCAAAUUGUUUUAUAAAACAAAAAAGUUUCUAAAAGCUGAUGUAUCAUUUCUAGUUUAUAAUUCAUUACUAUCACUUUUGGUUAAAAUUUGGCCUAGUUCAGAAAUCUUGAGUAAUGACAGAGAAUGUGAAUUUCAACCUGGAUUACAGAAUAGUUCCAUAAAGCAUAAUGAGGAUAAUUAAGGGCCAAAAAGAACUCACAGAAUGCUGUGUCGUCACUGAUACCAAAGCUUGGGGUUUCUGGAAAUGUCUGAAGUGGGCAACUUGAACUUGAAAAGGAACCAAUCCACUCGGUUCAGGACUUUGGUUUUAAAGUUCACUUAUUAAGUGGGCUAAUUCAAGUUUUCUUUUGCCAUUUAACACAAAUCCUGAAGGUCACAGUCUGGUACUAUUGAAAAAAAAAAAAAACUAAAAUGGG